UGUGACAAAGUUAGUCUGUACGUUCAUGGCGGCAUGUUUUGAAAUUGAUGCUCAAGUUUGCCUCUGACGACAAUAAUCCUACACAGGAGCCCAGUUUAGUGAUAAUCUGCAUUGCAGUAAAAUCAGAUUUGUUGGGCUUCUGGACACUUUCAGUCAGAUGUGUGUGCAGUUACAAUGGAUGCCAGCAACUUGGAUGAAUUGAAGGAGAAAUUUGAAGUCAAGAUUGAGGGACUCACAAGAUGUAUCAACUUAUCCUCAGCAGUUUUGACCCCAGAUGGACUUGAUGAAAACUGCAAGAAACAGCUGGUUGCCAUACACACUGAGCUAUGUCUCGUUGAGUCACUGAUUGGGCAAAUGAGAGAUCUUGUUGAUUUAGAAAAACAACAUCUUCAAAGAGCCCAGGUCCUCAAAAGUAAGAUGGAGGAUCAGGCAGAACACAUUCAGUACAUUGAAUCUCAUAUUCCUGACAGAUUGCCUGGAAGAGACCUGAAAGCCUUUACAGCUGUGCAAUCCAAGAGUCGUGCCCCCCUGGAAGUAGUAGAAAACAACAAAGGUAACCACGGCAACCAUGGCACUCAGCGUAAACCUUGCAGUAAAGAUAAUGACGUGAUCAAAGAUGCCAAGAAGAAAAAGGCAUCAAUUCCAACGAUGGAGUUUGUGACAGUGGAAGAAUUUGAAGGUGUACCAAAGUACAUGAAGGGAAGACUGAACUAUGAGACUAUCAACACAGCAGUGGAGAUUAUAAACAUCGCAAUCAGAACGCGGUAUUCCUUGCUACAAAAACCCAGAAAUACACUGAGUGAGAUGUCUCUGAAGAAAGUCCGUCAGUUGAGGGAACAGGAGAACAAAGAUACUAAAGGUGUUUACUUCUUCACUGAAGAAGACUUCAAAUCUAGCAGUAAUGGGCGCUGUAGUACAACAGCUCGUUCUAUCUUUACAAUCUUACGACACUGUGGAAGACUACGUGAAAUAAGAAGCUCAGGAUUAACACGGUAUGCUUUAGUUCUGUGAAAGUACAGGGAAUGGAGUUUGACAUCCAAAUUUGACAAUGUUCUACAUGUAAAAGUCAAAGAUUCUCCUUACUCGAUAUUGAAGUUUUGAUUUGAUAAGAAUGACUGUAGCUUCAAAUUAAUAUUGGACCCAAAUUGGACAAAGCUGGAGCUUGCCUAAGGACAGGAUAAAAUUAUGAAAAGACUUGAUGUUGUGCCAUUGCUGUAAAAAUAAUGCAAGGUAUGUCAGGUGAUUGCCAGAUACUGUUGACAUAUUUCAAACUUUCUAGUUAUCACGUGUUCCUGGAUCAUAAUAAGAUUAGUGUAAUUACUCAAAUGCACGUACAUUUUUUAAAUGUUGACUAUGGCAGGGUUUGAUCUAUUGGUAUUGCCAAUUAUCAUGCCGUUGAUCUCAAGGGAUUUGCAAGAAGUUUUAUUUUGGAAAAGAUUUAAUUUUGUGUGCCUACUGAGGUGUGUUACCAUGCAUUACUUGUCAGUUUAGGCUACGUGUAUUUUCAAAAUUCUUCUGUUUUUAAAAUGCAGUGGUUGAAUUUUUGUGGUCAUCCUGCAUUCACACUUUCAUUUUUUGUAGGCCUUGGUAUUUUCAUGAUCAUGUUUGAUUCUUCGUUAACCUGACAUUUCAUGGUACACAUAAAGUUUGAUGGUAGAUCCACAUCUCCUUGUAAAGUCAUCAUUUGCUUUGCCUUUGGUUGGAAUUGUAAUUAUUCAUGAAACAGAAACAGUACACAAAGUCUGAUGAAAUGUAGAUGCAUGUACAGUAAAUGUACAGCCGUGAAUGAAUCAUUUGAUACUACUUAUUAUUGUGUGUAGACAUUAUAUCACUUUCCAAAAUAAAAUCACUUAUGGUCAUUCAAUAUACAUGCAUUAAA